AUGAAGUUUUCACCAAGACAAGCUCGUCAUGUUGACAGCGACAAAAAACACAGCAGACCACAGCAGAGGAGACCAGAACACAGCAGACCACAGCAGAGCAGACCAGAACACAGCAGACCACAGCAGAGGAGACCAGAACACAGCAGACCACAGCAGAGCAGACUAGAAAACAGCAGACCACAGCAGAGGAAACCAGAAAGCAGCAGACCACAGCAGAGGAAACCAGAAAGCAGCAGACCACAGCAGAGAGGAAACCAGAAACAACAGACCACAGCAGAGGAGACCAGAACACAGCAGACCACAUCAGAGCAGACUAGAAAACAGCAGACCACAGCAGAGGAGACCAAAAAGCAGAAGAUCACAGCAGAGGAGACUAGAAAACAGCAGAAAAGAUCGGAACACAAAGGUGGUUCAGAGUUAUAA